UUUGUAUAAAAAUUGAUUUGAAUAUGAAAAGGUAUACGGCGAUUGAGAUCUGUGCAGUUUUUGACGAAGGAAAACAGGAGGGCUUUCUGUUGAAGAUGUUGAAGGAAGGACCAAAUCAAGCUAAAAUUCCCCGGAAACGGAUUAAGUUUCAAGAAGUCAUGGAGAAGGAGGAAGAGGAUGGAAUCAGUGCGUUGCCUGAUUGCUUGAUUCUUGAAAUCCUCUGUCGUUUACCCUCCACAAAAGAUGCCAUAAGAACAGGUACACUCUCCAAACGAUGGGCAAAUCUUUGGACUUGGGUACCGACUCUGCUUUUUAGACAUUUUGAUAUUCCCCUGUCUCAAUGUCUAAAAAACCCUAACUCAAGGUCCAAUUUCCCUCUAUUGGUGGAGAAAACCCUAACUCAAUGUCGCCAGUUGAAGCUCAAGAAAUUCCAAAUGCAUACCAAAUAUGAUAUUCGUUUUGAAGCGCAGUUCAACAAUUGUAUUCGUCAUGCUGUAAGGUGUAACGUUGAAAAGCUUAGCUUGGAGUUUCUGUAUACGAGAAGGGAAGCUGAGUUUCAGUUAGAUCAGUUUUUUUUCGUCAAUUCUUGUUUUACAGAUUUGAGAUUAGUAGGCUGCACGUUGAAUCCAAGUGGGGCAGUUAGUUGGAAAAAUCUUAAGAGUUUGUGUAUUUCCACUAAGAAUUUAGAUGUAGACGUUAUGGUAAAUAUAUUAUCUGGGAGUCCUCUUGUGGAAACUUUGGUGUUGAAAGAUUGCUAUGGUGAUACGGGUCUGAAUAUUACUUCAGAUGAUGAAUCUGAAUCUGAAUCUGAAGCCCAUAUCAUCGGCAUCAAUGCUCCAAAUAGUUCAUCACUAAGUCAAUGUCGCCAACUGCAGCUCAAGAAAUUCACAGUGGUUUCCGAUUUUGAUAAUGAGUUCCAAUCGCAACUUAAUAGUUGGAUUCGUUAUGCUAUAAGAUGUAACGUUAAAGAGAUUGUUUUAAUCUUAUGGAAUACGGGAUUCGAAUCUGAGUUAACCUUAGAUCAAACUCUUGUCACCAAUUCAUGUUUAACUGAGCUGAGAUUAGAUGGGUGCAUGGUUAAUCCAAUUGGGGCGAUUAGUUGGAGAAGUCUUAGGAGUUUGUAUAUAUCCUAUCGGAGUUUAGAUGAAGAUUUGAUUGAAAAUAUAUUAUCUGGGAGUCCUGUAUUGGUAACUUUGGAGUUGAAUGAUUGCUAUGGUCAUAGGCGGCUUGAUAUUACUUCAAAGAGUGUUAAAAACUUGGUGUUAUCUGGAUUCAGUGAUUUUUAUGAUGAAUCUGUGGCCAAUAUCAUUGAAAUCAAUGCUCCUAAUAUUUUAUCACUAACAAUCAAACAUGUACUUUUGUCGAAGCUUUUGUUGGUAAAUGUGUCUUCUUUAGUCAAAGCUAACUUAAAUUAUGUUUUUCCAAGUCCAAGGCAUCACCCGACAAUGACUAAGGAAGCAGAACAAGAUACGCUUAAAGGGUUUAUAAUGAAUCUUGGCCAUGUCAAGGAGCUUCAAAUUGGGUAUUUAUGUUCCGAGGUUUUUUCUUCUUUGCAAGCUGGAGGUUUCAUUUUUCCAUCAAAUGUGAAGCGACUGUGAUUAACUGAUUAAUGAUGCCUUGAGUUCAUGUUUAGGCAUUUAAGUUAUCGUGAAUUAUUUAUUUAUUUAUUUUUUUCGUUUUGGUUUUGUAAAGUAGACUUUCUUCCAUUGGGUUGUGGACUAUUUCUUAUGUCAGAAUAUUUCAUUGGUUGACCGUUUCAUAUUAUGGUGACAUGGAUUUUAAUUGCAUUAAACAAAAAUUAGUUUUA